AUGCAGAGCCUUGUCACCAACUACGGGCUCAUAUUCGCAUGUACCUGCGGUGUGAUCUUGGGGAUUGGGUUCUGCGCCAACCUUCUGGUGUUCCUGCUCUUCGCCAGAUACAACUCCUUCCUCAAGAACCGUCUUGACUUGCUCCUGUUGAGCAUGGCGCUGGCAGACUUCCUUACCCUGCUGCUGGUACCCUUCAAGCUCCAGUCUGCCGUCAGCUACAGCUGGUCGCUGGGUAACACCUUCUGCAAGAUCUACCAGUUCAUCCUAGCCUUCUCCCUGGCGGCCAGCACCUAUUCCCUUUGCGCCGUCUCCAUCGCUAGGGCCAUGAUCAUCAUUAAACCCCAUCGGCCCCCAGAGAUAAACCUGGUCAUCUUCAUGCUGGUCCUGGUCUGGGCUUUGAGCUUCUUCACCAGUUUCCCCCUCCGGAUCUUCGCCACCAAAGAGACAGCCGCCAUCAAGAACUUCACCUACUGUCUGCCCACCAUCCAGGAACAUCACUACCAGGUGGUCUUGGGCCAGUUUUUUCUUUAUUAUUUGCUGCCCAUGCUGGUGAUUGCCUUCAAUUACAUCCGCCUGGCUCACUUCCUCCACAAGAGUCCCAUGAUGUCCCUGGCCAGCUCCAGGAACACCCGCAGAGCCUCCAUCUUGAUCUUCCUUGCUGCCACCACCUUCUCAGUAUGCUGGCUUCCAGGCUACGUGCUCGAGCUGUGCAUCUACCUAGGAAUGUACCACCACAGACCAGCCUGGGACAUGUUCUACUUCAUCUGCACCAUCCUCCAGAAUCUGCACCCGUGUGUAAACCCGAUGCUGUAUGUCCUGCUGUCUAAGCGGUACUGGCAAAAAAGGAUCAGAUGCCUUCUGAACCACAAUAAAACCAAAGUGCAGCCUCACAUCAUUAGUGUGACAGAGAGGUUACAGACCAACUGAGCACAACAAAAAAGAUUUCCGGCCAGGCAGAAUGUCUUCAUUUGAUAUGUAAUUUCCUAUGUAGAAAGGGUUUUCUUUGAAUAUUUUUUUUGGUUUUUGAAAAUUGGACUCUUAUAUGAAGGUAUAUGAACCUAAA